UCUGUGGUUACUGAAGCAAAAAAUAUAGGUUAAAUCUUAAAUUCCUAAUUUGUUUGAUUUUCUACAAAUUCGUGAUAGAUAUGUAACUAUUCCAACGAUGCAGAUGGAAAAUGUAUGCAGAACUUGUCUGAGAUCUUCAGAUAAACUCCUACCUUUAAUUGGUGACGAAAAUUUGGUGCAAAAAAUUGAAUUCAUUUCAUCAAUACAGAUAUUUGCCAAUGACUAUUAUCCACCUACAAUAUGUGAAGAAUGUGUUAUUAAUGUAAAUAAGUUCUUCUGUUUCCGAAAAGUAAUAAUAAACAGUGACAUAGAAUUAAGAGAGCGAUAUGAUACUCUUAAGAGAACCAAUUUUACUUCAAAACCCCGAACAAAGGAGAAAGAAAAGCACCCAACUUCCGCAGUUAAAAGAGAAACGGAGAUGAACGAAAGCGAUGUUGAAGAUACCGGUGACUUGUACGAAGAUAGUGACAAUGCAGAUAUUGCUAGGGAACAUGAAAUUAAAGAAGUUAUUUUAAAAGAACCGAGUCUGAAUGAUAUUAAAAACACUAUAGCACACUUAAAGAGAUCAAAAUGUAACGAGUGUAGUUUAACAUUCUCGUCUCGUAUUAAAUUGUACAACCACAGACGAAGCAUCCAUAUGGCUCCGGGAGUGUGCAACAUUUGUGGAAUAGUCAUGAGAACCGAUAACCUAAAACGACACGUUCAGAUGCAUUUGGAAGGUCCGGUUACGUGCAAUGUGUGUGGGAAAGUGUUUAAAAACCCCGAAUCGUUACGUGGACAUACGCUCAUACAUAAAGGAAUUAUAUACACGUGUCAAAUAUGCGGAAAAACUUCUAGAGUCAAAUCGGAGCACCACAGACAUGUAAAAACACACACAGAUCCGGAAGCUCGGAAGGUAAUGUGCACAUUGUGUGGGAAACGAGUGCGAGAUCUGAAGAAACAUACACAGUCCCACACUGGGGAACGCCCGCAUAGUUGUACUUUUUGCAAGAAAGGAUUUACGAGCCCAUACGCCCUAAAAAUACACACAAGGCAACACACGAAUGAAAGACCGUUUAUAUGUGAAUACUGCAGUAUGGGCUUCCCGCAGAAAGUAUCUCUGACGACUCAUCUCAAAUCUAAGCAUAACGUUAUGUCUAAAUGAAUCGUUGUUGUGUUGGUUCGUACAGGGUGUCUUUGAAAUAUCCACGUUUCAAUAUACAUUCCAAACGUCAGCAGGUCUGGGGACUAAAAAAGUUUACUUGCAAUAAUAAAUCGUAUUGUGUUGUCUAUUUCAUUUUUAAUGAUGAUUAACAGUUUUAGAUUCGUUAGUUGAAGAUUAAAAGAUAGGUGUUAAUUAAUUUAUACAAAUAUUUCAAAGAUACUCAUGGGUAUAAGUAAAUAGAUUAUA